AUGGUGACGGGCGUGACGAACGACCGCCAUCACGUUACAGAAUGCACGGAGCUGUCACAUGGUGCGAUCAUGGGGUCGGACAAUGAUGGUGAUCAUCUGACUGCGGUUCGUGGUAGUCCCGCCGUGUGGGCGCGGCAGACAGAGUUAGACUGCAUUGAGAUGGUGAUGCUCGGCGGUCACUCACCAGCUGCACGAAUUCCACCUGCGGUCGCGGGUGCAGGAGCGCGGCGCGCUGUUCUCGAGGCGCCGUGGGUGCAUGAGGCGGUUAGCAGAAGGUCCAGAGAAGUUACAGUGCAGAAAGGAAGACACGAUGAUGAAGUAUCGGCCGCACAAUUCACCGUCUCCGACAACGUGACAGGCACGCACGGGAACCGCUGGCCCACUCCACUUCCCGCCCACCCCGCGGACGCCGCAGCGACGGCAGGGCUGGAGGCUCUCGUUGAACGCUGCCAAUGGCGCCCGCAGCGACUGGAUCCGCCCUCCACCCGCGACGGCGGGGAGGCAACGGUGACCCUCAGCGAAGCGCGGCCGUAUGAUGCAGAGGCAAGGCCUUACGCAGGAGUGGCUGGCGCCGCAAUUGAAAAGCGCAGCGCAGCUGCGAGCAAUGCUGGGGCGGCGGCGUUGGCCGAAUUCUCUGCCAAUACGACUGCAGCCGGUACUACCGCCCCGUCUCGAAUGCGCGAGACUUGCGGUGCGCCCCAGGCAGGUAGCGAUACGAUAUCAGCACACCGGCGGUUGAAUCUUGAAGCGCUGCAGUUGGAGGGAGAGCACGAUCUGAACGCCGGCCUGCCGCUUACUCCCUCGCAACAGCCAACCAACGAUUCGCCCGUAGCAACAACGGCGGGUGGGAGAGACGCCACUUCAGACGCGAUUGGACGAGCCGCGCAAGUUAUGGGCGAGGCCGGUUUGCAGCGGUGGUACGAGAAUCCUGGCGUGUGCACAUCCAUGAAGCAGCUGCCGGAGGACGGCGUGUGGAUCCCGCGGGGCACACGGCAUAUCAGGACCACCGCUACUAGCAAUUUGCACCUCACUGAUCGCUUUAUCCCAGCAAGCCCGAGAAGCCUCCCCGCCAUGUUGCUGUCCUCUCGUGCUGGGGCGGGUAGUUCAGUGAAUGCAGAUGAUGGCGGCGGUGGAGCAUGGGGUGACGGGCAGCUACGGGCAGUGCACGAAGCACGCACAGGUGUGGACGCCACGACAGUUGCGAUCGCCAGCAAUCUCGCACAUGAUAGAUUCGUCUUCGCUUCUCCACCAUCGCGUGCACAGCAUCCUGUGCCGCAGUGUAGUUUACCAGUUCCCUGCACCAUCUUCACCACAAUGCCACAUGAGGACUCAUCCCAGCCUCUUACUGCCGCACGCACAGCUACAGCACAUCCCACGACACCCGCCGACGGCCCUAUCUUCAUACCUCCUCCGCCCCGCUCUCCGCGCCCCUCCUCUGCCCCCCCCACUGCUUCCCUCGCUCACUGCCCGCCCUCUCCCUCGGGCGCUGCAGGCGUGGGCAGUCCAACGGCCCGCUCCAGGCUGCGCUUCACCUCUCAUUCCCUGCCACGCGCCAACUCCGGGGGAGGGGGCAGCACGAGUGUGCUCCACAGCACGCACAGCAGCAGUGGCAGCGACUUGGCGUCGUCCCACGUGCAUUCGCUCAGCCCCCCACUGCGUGCAUCUGUGCACGCGUCUCUAUCCUCUCUGCCGCGCGCGUCCCUUGACCACCACGCAGUCCCUGCUCUCUCACCUCGCCUGCAUGCUCGCCCACUCGCAGCCCCACGCCACCUGCGCAUCCCCCUGCUGUCGGCCUUGCCUCACAGAUUGGCCGUCCCAUGGCAUCCUCCCGCCUCUGCUCCUGCUCCUCCGCCUGCUGCUGCUCCUCCUGCUGUUGUCGCUGAUGCUGCUCUGGCGAAAGAAGUUCAGGAGGAGUUGCAGGAGGCCACUGGACAGCAAGCUCCUCCCAUCAACACUGCUGUUCCCCUCUCUCCCCUCUCAUCCCUCCCUGCUCUCCCUUAUGCCCACGCAUCCCCUCGCACUGCCUCGCACCAGCACCUGGAUCGAGUGGGGUGGAGUCGCAGAGGGCGGCAGCAGCAGCAGCAGGCGUGGCGGCCUCUCCCUCCGGAGAACUUCAUCCCGUGGGAGGCCAUCUAUGGCCCGUAUACGCACACCUCCACGGGCCUCGCUGCUGCUGUUGCUGCCGCCAUCGCUGCCCCUUGCACAACUGCCACAACCUCCGCUGCUGCUGCUGCUGCUGCUGCUCCCACCGGUGCUGGUGGUGCUGCUGUUGGUGGUGCCGCCGCAGUUGGAUUUGCUGGUGGAGCAGCAGCAUGGGUCAACACUAGUGGUGAAGGUCACGGUUUGGCAGGGACGGUGGCAGCAACACGUGUUGCUGCUGCCUAUCCAUUCCGCUACCCGUCAUCCACACGCCCUGCAGCAAACACGCCUGAGCAGCUGCACUCCCAUGCGAGGCACAUGGGCGCACAGUCGCAACUAGUGAGAGCUAAGAGCGCAAGUGACUUCAGCAGCCCCUUGCUUGGGAGCGAAAGUCCUGAAGCUGUGGCAGCUGUGGGCGGCCUUCCAGUCACAUUCUCGCCUGGGUCGUGGGAUGGUGCAGCUGGUCGCCUUCACACCCAUAUUCACGCCACAACUGCACGCAUGGGUGGCCCGGUGCUCUUCACUGGCAAUGCGUCCCUGCUUGCCAAGAGGCGCAGAAUGUCCCCUCAGCAAGGGGCACCCGCACCACCUGCAUCCUCUCUGCAACCCGCACGCAUGUUUCCCCGCCCACAGGAGCAUCUCAAUGCCCUGCCACUACCACCUGCUAUUGCUACAAAUUACCUUGUAGAAUCACACCCCCGGCAGCAGCAAAACUCUAGCGCGCUUGACUCGAGUAUUCACGCUGGUUCUCUGCCACGGCAAUCACCUGCUCAGCUGUCUCCCCACGCCACUGCAUUCCCGGGGAGAGUUUUUCAUCGCUCCUGCAGCACACCUGUUUUCUCCACUGCCGGCAAUCCCUUUGCUGCACCACCAUCCCCAUCGCUUCAUCCCUCGCCUCUCUGUGGCACCACUGCAGCAGCAGCAAGCCUUAGUGGCAGUGUUUCUGGCUCUGACGAGAAAUGUGUUGACCUCUGCGCGACUGCAGCACCCUUCCAGGGCUUGCUAGGUGCAGGAUCAGGAGGGGAGAUGCAGCAGAGGGGGGACGUGUUUGUGCGGUCUGUAGAGUCAAGGGGGGCACACGCAGAGCACAGGGCGAGGGCCACUGUGGGGGGGCUCAGCAUGGAGAUGCGUAGAGGAGGGAGGGCAGGAGGCGGAGGAGCAGUGGAGGACGUUGUGGCACAGCUGGAGGACGAUGAGACGCGCACCCAGCUGUCCAUUCAUGAACAACUGGUGCGGAUCCAGAACGAGUCGAGCAGCAAUGGAGGCUCUACCAUGGUAGCUGUGGGCGUGCCUCAUGUGCAGGCAGCCAUGUCCAUGACCAUCAACCCUGAAGCAGCAGGGGUGCGAAUCUCAGCAGGAGCCCAAACAGACAACACCUAUGGCAUUUUUUACCCUACUGGCAACACGGCAAACUAG